GACGUCAUGCCCGCUUCAUUUUCCAGCGACGCGUAGCUCAGGAGUAAGAGUAACAGGAGAAAAUUACUCUGUUUCUGUGAUGAUUAUACGACGCAUUUAAAUUAAAUGAAUAUUGAUACGUUAGGAUAUAGCAGUCUUGGGGAAAUAUAGUUCAUAUGCACGGCGCUGAGUUGUGAAAGUGAGGGACGGACAAGGGGGCGCUUGGCGUUCUUGCAGCGCAGGCCAGGGACUCCUGGACUGGACUCAGUGGACAUCCACUGUGUUGCAGCUGUCUGACUCUGAGCUUGCUUGGUCAAGUUGGUGGGCGAUGUGUGUGUGAACGCAGACUGACGCUGUAUAAACACACGUGUCCGUCGGCGAGGAGUGUGUACAGGCAACAUGUCUGCUCAGGGGGACUGCGAGUUUCUGGUGAAGAAGGCCAGGGAGCUCGUGUCUGAAGACCCCUGGGCGGCAAAAGCGUGGCUCAUCACCGCCCGGACCCUAUACCCCUCCGACUUCAACAUACAGUACGAGAUGUACACCAUCGAGCGCAAUGCCGAGAGGACUGCCUCGGCCGGGAGGCUCCUGUAUGACAUGUUUGUGAACUUCCCCGAUCAGCCUGUGGUGUGGAGGGAGAUCUCUGUGAUCACUGCAGCUCUGCGCAGCGACUGUCAGGACAAACACGCGCAAUUCCUGCGGGGCCUGUUUGAGACGCUGCCCGGACGUGUGCAGUGCGAGAUGCUCCUCAAGGCCACGGAGCAGUGUUUCAACACAGUGGAGAAGGCUGAGAUGCUGCUGUUGCUGCUCAGGCGGUUCCCUGAAUCUGUUGUCCAGCAUGGGGUGAGUCUGGGGGAGACUCUCCUGGAGGCUGAAAGCAUCGAGGACCUGGACACACCAGUCAACUGCUUUAGGAAGCUCUUUGUGUGUGACGUCCUGCCUCUCAUCAUCAACACCUCCGACAUGCGUCUGCCACCCAGCCUGAUGUACAAGUACAUGCACAAGGCAGCAGAGUUCUACAUUGCCUAUGUCACACGUGGACCCUCUGCGGACGGCCAGCUGCCAGGCUCUCAAGAGGCUGUUGGACUGAAGUCCCCCAGCGCCCACCGGGGAUCACAGCGCUACGUGAUUGACGGGCUGACGGAGAAAUCCUCCCUGGUGUCGGACCCUUGGGAACGCCUGCUGGACAUUCUGGCUGUGGUUGGGGCCCUCUGCGAGUGGCAGGGUGACAAAGCAAGCAGGAGCUACCCUGAGAUCCUGCAGCGUAUGAAGAAAUUGUGCCGCUACCUGCCUAGCCUGGAGGGUGAGACGUUGUCACGCUGCCGCAGUCAGGUGGUCACCUGCGCUGCCCUCGUGCUGUUCCGCAGCGCGUACCUCUAUGUGAGCACCGUGCAGCCAUCCCUCUUCCAGGCUCACUGCUCCCCCGGGACGGGCCCUUGGAUCCUGGUUGAAGACCUGUCCUCUGUGUACAGCGAGGUGGACCUAGAGAAGAGCGCUAAGCAUGCGCACAAAAAGUGCAAGCUGGCUGACAGCCGGGAGAAGACCGUGGUGAGGAGCUCGGAUGACGAGGAAGGCCUUGGGAAGGGCCGCAACCGUCAUAUAGUGCUGAGCAAGGCGGACGUGCCAGGCUGGGCGGAGACGCUGGACAGCUUCAGGACGGCGCGCGAGAGCUGGGACCUGCUGCACUCACACGAGGCCCUGGAAUCUGAGUUCAGCAAAAUCUGCUCUUCCUGGAAGACUGACACCUGGCUGUGGCUCCGGAUCUUCCUCACGGACAUGAUCAUCUACCAGGGUCACUAUAGGAAGGCCUUGACCAGCCUACAUCAGAUGGCUGCCUUCCAGCCCCUCCAGCAGGGGCCAAUGGUCCCCCAAGGUAGUCUGGAGCACCAGCGUGCCCUUAUCCAGCUGGCCUCAUGCCACUAUGCCCUGGGGGAGUAUCGGUUGGCCUGUGAGAAGUUACUGGAGGUGGUGUGCACACUAACUCCCCAAGCCCAUGACCCCUCCCGGACCCCUGAGGAGCUCACCCGCAGCACACGCACUAAGUUUCGGAAAGGCAGUGACCUGCGACUCCUGCCCUGCACCACCAAGGCCGUCCUACCCUUCUGCCUGCAGCUGAUGCUGGCCUGCUUCAAGCUGCGGGCUUUCAUGGACAACAGGGAUGAUCUCGCUCUUGGUCAUGUAAUUGUUCUCCUGCAACAUGAUUGGCCUCUGGGAGAAGCCCUCUUCCUUAAGGCUAUAGAUAAAAUCUGCCAGCAGGGGAGCUUCCAGUAUGAGAAUUUCUUCAACUAUGUCACCAACAUUGACAUGCUGGAGGAGUUUGCCUACCUGCGCACCACAGAAGGGGGCAGAGUCCAGCUGGAGCUGCUGCCCAACCAAGGAAUGCUCAUCAAGAACCCUAGCCCUUCCCUGGGCCUGGUAUCCCAGGAGUUUAGUACCCUGCUGCUUCCAGGGGCACAGAGCGCUGAAAGGCAUCACACUGUGACCCGCGGCAUCACCAAGGGCGUCAAAGAAGACUUCCGGCUGGCCAUGGAGCGACAGGUGGCGCGCUGCGGGGAGAACCUGCUCAGUGUGCUGCACCGCUUCUGCAUCAACGAGAGGGUCAUCUUGGUCCAGUCGCUGCCCUGAUCCCAGAGGUCAUCGCUGCAACUUCUUCGUGGGCCUACUUUGUCCCCCUCCCAACCACCCACUUAGAUCCUUCUGCUUUUAGGGGAAAAAGGAAUUUAACAGUUUUCUCAUGUGUUCCAGAAAGUGCCGUAACUUCUGGGAAAUACAGACAGGUCUUUAUUAACUAGGGGAAAAACAUCUAAGACUAAUGUUGUGGGCUGGCUGGGGACCGAGUUUGAUAUCUUUGCCUUAAUCCGACGCAUUUAGGAUUAAACGAACGUAAUGAAGAUGUCUUAUUUUUUUAUGUAUUUAUCAGACUUUCACGUGUUGCCCGUAAGUGGUUUUUUCCUUCAUAUUUUCAGUGGCAGAAUUUUGUAAAAUAGACAAGAUUGAUUUGUGUCAUACAUGUUAAGACAGGUUGUUGUGGAAGUGUAUCUUGUUUUUAUUUGAAUCUGCAGUUUGUAAGAGCAGUAACGAAGGGCUAAGGACAAAACGUGGCCAUUUGCGAUGGACCUCGCACUGACAGAGUGGAAUAAUGCACUGACACAUAGCUCAUGUGAUGGUUUGCAUUGUAAUAUUUUAAUGUAAAUCAACUGAGCCGAUCAAGGAAUGAAAUAACUCCGUUAUUACUUCUCGUACGGAUGUCCUGUGUGCAUUUCACACAGUAGGUCCAUCCAGUCCAUUUGGGGCUCCUGUUGGACCUGGUCCAGUAAGUUUUUAUUUGUUAGACACUGAAUCAAGUUUCAACUUGCUGUCAUGAUGGUACCUAUUUUUACUACUCCUCUGAGCUCUUAGUGGUAUAAGAGUAUCUGUUGGACUUUUCUCCCUUGGGACAACAGGCUGAAUGUCCCUUCUGUCUGCGCUUAUGGGCUUGGUGUAAAACAGGUCUCCUCUGUCCAAGUUAUAGAUUUUCCUUCAAAGUACUUCACUCUCACCACCAUUGACUGCUUUACUGGCAGUGUUUCGCUGCAUUUUUUUCUCCGUUUAAUUAAUUUCACUUCUUUUUUCCCCGGAGUUGGAGUUUUGAAUAUUGUCAAUUUUCUGCAUUCCAAGUAGCUGGAAACCGAUGACCUCUUCUGUGCCUCCUUGAAUAAAUAAAUUCUAGACAUGAUGAGUCAGUGUCAAAAGAUUUGUGCCUUAAUUGUGUUAUCGAGAUUACUCUGUGAGCGGAAAAGAAUUCC